AUAUCGUACAAGUGCGUGAUUGAUGGUGGGGGGUAUAUGAAGAGCGGGGUAGCGGGGGGAAUGUCGUGUACGUAUGUGAUAUGGGUUGAGCAGAGGUGUAUAGAUGUAUAUGGGUUGUGCAACGGGCUUCGCGGGAUGUGCCAUCAGGUAUAGGAGGGAUGUGCUAGCAGGAUGCGAUUCCAGAACUCUCUUUUUUAUCCUACUAUCAAAGACAGAGACUACGCCUCUAAAAGUUAUAUAUGAUGAAGAAAUAGUUAGGUAUGGGUAAUUUAUAAUGUAUUUUAAAAUUGUGAAAUGCAAACAAUAUUUUUAUGAAACAUAAAUUUGAUAGGAAUCCGGAUGCGGCUUUAGUGUAUAGUUGGCCUACAGCGGAGUCUUCCAUGCGGCAGUCGCGAAGAAGUGUUUGUCCAGCAGUACCAUCCACAUUACGCGAGUUAGGGGAAUACUUGGAUAUGAAUACUGAUAGGUAUCAAUGCAACAACUAUAAUUUUUACCAGGAAUGGAUAGUGGACAAUGAUGGAAAGUAUAGCGUGAUGUUUGCGUGCCAAGAAAUCAUUAGUGCUGUAGUGCAUCAGGGGGCCACGGAACUACACGCCGAUGCAACGUUCAAAGUAGUGCCGUCAAUGCCUCAUUGUAGACAACUGUUUAUGUUGCAUUUGAUCCUGCAAAAUCACGUAAAAAAUAAUUAUUAA